AUGCCCGUCGAGAACUACGGCGUAUGGAAGGCAAAGCCUGUCCGCUUCACUUACGAAACCGAUGCAGAUGACCAUGUGUCUCCUCAUCUCUCGCUGUUCUUUACUACCAGUGACAAUAGUCGGGGGGAAGGCCGCGCAGCAAUCAACAUCAAGUCUGGGGACAAAAGUGACUCUCGGUUAGUGUUUUGGUUGGUCAAAAACUUCGAGAACUUUCAAAAUGAACGACUUCGGGAAUUGAAACCCGGCUUUCAUCAGCUGGAAGGCACCAUGGAGCAAGCCCCCAACGGCCUCGCCUUGGACUAUAUUAGAGGUAAUCUGUUCCACCGAGAAACAGGCAGACUCCUGCCCCAUGACGUUCCUGGACCCGAUAAUGAUAUAUUGGAUGAACUGAUCCCGGUGCUGGAUAGUGCGGUCGACCACGACAGCGUGAUUUACAUGUUUGGAUCGCAUUUCAGCAAUGGCAACGGGAUCCACAAUAUUCACAUGAACCAGGGAAGCCCGAGGAAGUGGAAAGGUGACAAUGGGAUCUAUCAGGAUGGGGGGAUCCUGCUGGACUUUGGGGAUUACUGGAUGGGGGUAUUCAUCGGGUUCGCGUCUCAGGCCGUGCAUACCGAUGCCGAAGGUCAACCUACUCCUGCACGUGGGUAUCUUAGCUGGAACGAGCUCUUAAACCCUGAAAUCCCAGGGGAGCAACGACAAAGGCGCGAUGUCCAUGACCGGACCGUGACCAUCAGCGAGGCCAUGAUCCGUCAUCAUGGUUCAGACCCGAAAACCAAAUCCGACUCGAUCGUCACUCUCACGAACCGCGCGGACGCGCCCGUGAUCCUGAAUGGCUGGAGCGUUCGGAAUCACAAGGGCGAAAAUGAAUACCUGCCUGACGGUGCCGUCUUGCGUCGCAGGCGUCGCCAGAGUUUCCAGCUGCACAACUGUGCGCUUUCCGACGAGGGCGGUACAAUCACGCUGCUGAAUGAGCAGGGACUCAAGGUGGAUGAUGGUCCGAUAUGGAAAUCCAACCAUCCGAGAGAUUAUGUUCGGGAUCCGCGGAAUCCGGGGAGGGUUUUCCGUCCAGGAGCCACACAUAUAAGAAAUCCGAUUGGUGUGCCUGAACCCCCAUCUUUACGCUCUCUCUAUCAAGGCCGCAUUAGUCGCGUCACCAUGGUCCCGCACCGGUAUUAUCCCACCGGGAUACAUCUACCACACUUUGCCGCCAAUGAGACUCCGGUUCUCUCCUUAAUCGCCCAAUUUGGCUUCCUAUGGGCCGCAGUCUUGGGGAUAGCCUUUCUCAUCAUACGACGGGUGCGACCGAAGGCAAGUCGGGCCGAUCGAUUGGCCUUUGUGUGGAUGUGCUUGACGGGGUUCAUUCACUUAUUCUUUGAGUCCUAUUUUGUCGUUCAUCAUGAGACCCUGGCCGGCUCACAGGAACUGUUCGGUCAGCUCUGGAAGGAGUACUCUCUGUCGGACUCCCGCUAUCUGACUUCGGACGCAUUCCUCGUCACUAUGGAGGCCGUCACUGCUUUCUGCUGGGGGCCCCUGGCCUUCUUUAUUGCCUACUGCAUCGCAGUGCAGCAUCCUGCACGUCAUGCCCUCCAGCUACUGCUCUCCGUCGGCCAGGUGUACGGCGACGUCCUCUACUACGCCACGAGUCUGUUUGACCUUUACUUCCGCGGAGAAAGCUUCUGUCGGCCCGAGGGUUACUACUUCUGGUUUUAUUACUUUUUCUUCAACUUCAUCUGGAUGGUUGUUGGCUCUUAUUACGUGAAACAAAGUGUGGGGGAGAUAUACAGAGCGUGCAAGAAAGUGCAGGAGUUGGAUUCAUCGCGCAAAAGAAAUUAA